GACAAACGCUGGGAGAGGAAAGAAGAGAGACAGACUGCAAGAGGACAGAGAAGGAUAGAGAGGGACAGGUUUCAGGGUUGGAAAGUUUGGCCUUUUUGCACGGUCGAGACACUCAGGAGGCCAGUUCUAAGUGGAGGAGCCUCCGAUCUUUCAGUCAUCAGGGGACCGUUCAUACUGAGUUUCUGAGUGCAGGUUCUGAGGAUGGCGGGAUGGAUGUUGAUGGUGUGUGUGCUGGGUACCCUGCUUUGUCAGCUGAUGAUCUCUGCUGAACCUCUUCACAAUGAGGAAGAGCUGCCUCCUCAGGCCCUUUACCCAUGGAGAAACCAAGGCAAGGGAAUGGUCAGGGUGAAGAGGGACUGGAUCAUCCCUCCAAUCAGAGUGCUGGAGAAUAGCAAGCAGGUUCCCGAAGAACUUGUCCAGAUCAAAUCAGACAAAAUCUUUACCGGUGAGGUGAUCUACAAGUUAGAGGGACCAGGGGUGGACCAGGAGCCCAAGAAUCUAUUUGAGAUUGAUGAUAAAACAGGAGUAAUCAGGAGCAAGCGGCCUCUGGACAGAGAGAAAUACAACAGCUUCACGCUGAAAGCCUUUGCGCUGUCCCCCAGUGGAGAGAGACUAGAGAAUCCUACCACCAUAGAGAUAAUGGUGCUGGAUCAGAAUGACAACAGACCGGCCUUCAUCCAGAGCCAGUUUGUUGGCACUAUCUCUGAGUUCUCAGUCCCAGGCACAUCAGUGAUGUCAGUGUUAGCCACUGAUGCAGAUGACCCAAUGACAGAUAACGCUUUUCUGAGCUACUCUAUCAUUGGCCAGGAGAGCAUUCCUGCCAACGCUGUUACCAAGACUAUGUUUGGUAUCAACAACCAGACCGGAACCAUCUACACAAGAGAUGUAGGCCUGGACCGAGAGGUGGUGAAAAGUUUCAAAUUAAAACUGCAGGUUGCAGAUAUGGGGGGCAUGGGACUAACAAGUGAAGGUGUGGCAAUCAUUCAUGUAUCUGAUAUCAACAACCACGCCCCACUGUUCAGUCCAGCCUCGUACAGCAUGAUAGGAGUGGAGAACAGGAAGGACUAUGAGAUUGGCCGGGUGAAUGUUACCGACAGAGAUGAUGGAACAGGAAACUGGGAGGCCAAAUACUUCAUUGCCAACAACCCUGAUGGCAACUUUGCAAUCAAAACGGAUCCUGCCACCAACCAGGGCAUUCUGACGGUGGUGAAGCCUUUGGAUUAUGAAGCACAGGAUGAGUAUACCCUGACUCUGACGGUGGAAAAUAUCAAUCCUCUGAGCAACAAGGCUCCCAACCUCCCAGCGAGCACCGCUACUGUGGUGGUGACCGUUGUGAACGAGAAUGAAGCUCCACAUUUCAGGGAGGACCCCAUACAGAUUGUGGUCCCUGAAUCUGUGGCUCCUGGGACUUUACUGAGAAGCAACAUCGCCUUUGACCCUGAUAAUUCUGACCUGAGGUAUGAGAUUAGCAGAGAUCCUGAGAGGUGGCUGGACAUCAACAGAGAUACAGGAGACAUAACUGCCAAGAGAACCUUUAACAUGCGGUCUCCUAAUGUUAAAAACAAUAUCUACAAAGCUGUUGUCAAGGUUACAGAUGCUGGUGGUGUGUCGACCACUGCCACAGUGGCCAUCACACUAAAAGAGACCAAUGACUUCCCCCCUCAGCUCUUCCCUCUGAGUGGCUCUGUCUGUAGGGGUGCCGGCUGGACGAGUUCUGGUCUGGUGGUGACUGCUGUGGAUGAAGACCUUCCUCCGCACACUGUACCCUUCACCUUUGAAAUGUCCGAUGAUGUGUCAAUCAACUGGACUAUUAUCCAAGUCAACGAUACCCAUGCUGUGCUGCAGCCCCUCGUAGAGCUGGAGGCAGGAGAGUAUGCGGUCACAGUGUUCGUGUCUGACUCCGGCAGCCCAGUUCUGAGUUCUUAUGCUCAAGUCAAUGUCACUGUGUGUCUCUGUGACUCCUUUGGAGAUUGUAAGUCUGAGGCAGGGGCUGUCCUAGGCUCCAGUGUGGGAAUCAGCUUCAUCGCUCUCAUUAUCAUCAUGGCCAGUAUUGCACUUCUGUUGUUGCUGCUCCUCCUGGCUGUGGCGGUGACCACAUGUGGGAGACGCCACCACAUCAAGAAAGGAACAGGUCUUCUUGUUGGGGAAUCAGAAGACGACAUCCGUGACAAUGUCUUCAAUUAUGAUGAGCAAGGAGGGGGUGAGGAGGACGAGAAUGCCUUUAACAUCGACUUGCUGUGGAAUCCCCAUGACGUACCUUCGACACCCGGGUCCUACUACCCAGGGUCUGGUAUUCCUCGAGGCAAGCAGCCCCUCAGGAAGGAUGCCCCGCAUAACUUGCCCUCACCCAUCUACCCACGGAGGCCUCCUGCGGAUCCCACUGACAUCGAGGACUACAUCAAUGAGGGCCUGGAGGCUGCAGACAAUGAUCCUAACAUGCCUCCAUACGACACAGCGCUGAUCUAUGACUAUGAGGGAGAGGGCUCACUGGCAGGCAGCCUCAGCUCCAUUGCUUCAGGCAGCUCUGAUGGAGACCAAGACUACGACUACCUCAACGACUGGGGACCACGCUUUAAGAAACUGGCCAACCUGUAUGACCCACGCUGAGGUCCACAGCGCCCCACAGAAAGAAGACUUGUGUGAUUCACCGCCGGUCAGGGACACAGAUCAUACCUCAGGUGUUUUUCUGGACAAAAAAAAAAGAUUUUAGUCUAGGACAAGAUCUGAAGUGUGCCAAGGAAAAAUACUUUUUAUCUAAUGUGCCUUAGGUUAUAUUGAGGAUCUUUUGGACAAAACGGCUUGUUAAAAUGAGACAGUGAAGUCGUGUGUUGACAUGAUCAGCCAUGAGGGGAAGGAGCUGUGCAUGCUAACGAGGCAAACAGGAUGUGUGUUGAAAUGAAUGACGUCUAGUUAUGUUUAUACUCUUUAGACAGCUCAGUAAUGAUGCAUAUGAGCUUGAGAUUAAAAAAUAAAUUUAAAUGUAUCUUUUUUAUAUAAGUGAUUAUUUUAUAAGAUAAACUUGCUUUGAUAUUGAUUUUUGAUAUUGAUCACAAAUCCUCCAUUCCAUCUGUUCAUCUUUGUGGAAGCUAUCUCAGCAACAAAACAUAUAGUACUGUACAACACAAUAUUCUGUAAUCCAAUUGUUUGGAGGUUAAGACUUUUUUUUUAGAAUUGUUUUUUAAUAUGUUCACUGAAUUUAGGUUUACUGGUGUCUAAAGAAUAAAUGCAGAUCUUUUAUUUA